UGCAUGAGGAGCGAUUAGCGGGGUGCUUAAUAUUGAACAUAGCUCUCUCCUUGACCCAUCAGAGCGGGAUUGAAUGACUUUGGGUUGACGGACCUCCGGUAUGCCAGGGGUAUGUUGGUCCCCGAGCAAGAGGAUUGGGUAAUGGAUGAGGGGACAUGCAGUGAGACGAUGUUUUCGGGACCUGAUCGUCAAAGACACGAGGGUCAGGGCGAUGUGUAAGGUAGCACUGACACCGUCAGGCGAGGCUGAUGGAGUUGGAAUUCAAAGCUAUGCCACUAGAAGUAGUCAGCGAGCGCAAUGGAACCCAACUUGUCCCCCGAAUGGCACUUUACCAAAGGACUUCAUCUCACCAUCCCUAAUCGUUCCGGUUUCUGCCAAACUCCCCAACGUCGCCUUCGGACCUACAAACUUCCCCAUCAUAACUCCCAAUGACUUCUGCAGCAUUUUCAACCAGAUAAUUCCACCCUCCGCCGUGAACAAGACCUGCACCUUGGAAUUCCUCUUUCCCUCACACUCCCAGACACUGGCUCCUUACGCCUAUUCCGGCGGCGGCCACUUCACCUUCACUGGCUAUGCUUUCGGCUCGGGAGCCACGCCUCAAACGACGUAUAAUCAUCAACCACCUGCGGGACCAAGUCCGCCACAACCACCAGCCGUGCUGAAGCCUGGAAUGCGUACACGAUUAACGUGGGUGGGUGUGCGAUUCAGGAGGGUAUGAGCGGACUGGAGGUUAGUGGGUUGCUUUGCAGUGAUGAUACUACCUUUUUAUUUGAGCAGAGUAGUAGCGAGUGUCCACUCGGGUUUUUUGUUGGGAUCAGUUAAAUGUAAUCUUUUGAGGGGCACAAUGAGUGAGGUAUGAUAGAUGUUGAGGAGAAUAG